AUGGAUCAUAAAAAAACUUUGAAAAAAUAUGACACACAAACUAACAUUAAGAAAGAAUCAAAUGAUGUAUGGGAACCAAUUUGUUGGAUGAUUUAUGUGGUUAAAUGGAGGGGAAAUUCGGGGGGGAAAUAUGGAGAUUUUGAAGCACAGAGACAUUGGAUGGAGAUAACGUUACAUUUACCAAUAAAAGAAUGGUAUUUUUAUGAUUUACAAUGGUGGGGACUGGAUUAUCCACCUUUAAGUGCUUAUUUAUCAUACAUAUAUGGAAAAAUUGGGAAUCUUAUAGAACCUUCAUGGUUUGCUUUAGAUACAUCACGUGGUUUACAAAUACAAGAUCUAAAAUUUUAUAUGAGAAUGACGGUAAUUGUUUCGGAUUUUAUUAUAUAUUUCCCAGCUGUAAUACGUUUUUCUCGAUAUUGGAAGCGAUUAGAAAAAGGAAAUGCUUUAAAUACUUAUUCCUCAAUUGCACUAAUACUUUUGCAACCAGCACUUAUUCUUAUUGAUCAUGGUCAUUUUCAAUAUAAUAAUGUUAUGCUUGGGCUAGUACUCUUGUCACUAUGUUACUUUAUCAAUGAUAGAUAUAUUCUUGGUUCUAUUUUUUUUGUUUGUUCAAUUUGUUUUAAACAGAUGUCUUUAUAUUAUUCACCUUUGAUAUUUUUCUACCUUCUUGGUCUUUGCACUAAACCACAAUUUAAUAUUCGUCGAUUCAUUUAUAUAAGUAUUACAACGGUUUCUACAUUUGCUAUUAUUUUUUUUCCUUUUUAUAUUUAUAGUGGUUAUAAUGGUGUUCUUCAAUGUAUAUAUAGAAUAUUCCCUUUUGAAAGAGGAUUGUGGGAAGAUAAAGUUGCAAAUGUAUGGUGUGUCUUGAACAUCUUUAUAAAUUCGAUCGCAACUUUAAUUUCUAUAUUACCUCCUUGUUUAAUCAUUUUUUUGAAGCCAAGAGUAUGUCUUUUACCUUGGGGUCUUACAUGUUCUGCAUUUGGUUUUUUUCUAUUUUCAUAUCAAGUACAUGAAAAGUCAAUAUUACUUCCAUUAAUGCCAGCAACAAUUCUGCUUCUUAUUCCAAAUAAAAACAUGAAAGCUUGGAUAGGUUGGAUUAAUAUUAUAGCAACAUUUAGUAUGUGGCCUUUAUUAAAAAAAGAUGGAUUAGAAUUACAGUAUGCUGUUUUACAAAUUUAUUGGUUAUGGCUUGGGGGAUUCAUGUUUUUUCCAUUAAAUAAAUUCGAAAAAUUUAUUCAUAAGACGUCAUAUGCAUUCCUUAUUAUAAUACAUAUUUUAGAUGCAUUCAUAACUCCUCCUUUGCAUCUUCCAGAUUUGUGGAUCUUGUUGAACAUGAAAUUGAGUUUCAUAUGUUUUGGAAUAUUUUGGUUAUGGUCUUUUUGGAAGUUAUGGUUAAAGUCUGGAAUUUGUAUGAGUAUAAAAACAAAACAAAAAUAGCAUUUUAUUUAUAUUAUUAUAUUUACUUUUUUCAAAAGCUGGUAUACUGAUCUUUGAAUUUGCACCAAUUUUAACAAAAGACUAAUUGAAAGCAGAAAGAAAAAAUACAUUAAAGAGAACUUAUAUAACAUAACAUUUACUUAUUUUUUAAAAAGUUUUCUGAAAUAAUAUUACUCAAUUUUAUUUAUAGACAACUUUGAAGAAAAAAUCAGAAAAUGAAUAUAAACAUCAAAAAACUCUUAUAAAAAAUCGAAUUAAAAAAUUGUAUCACCAAAAUGCAAAACAA